AUGAAGUGGGAAUCUGUUUUGCUUGCGUGUCUCUCAGCUGCCGUUCAAGCAGCCCCUCCAAGUGAGCCCAAAGAUGUCGGCAACACAAAGAGAAUUUCGGAAGGCUGCUCUGCGUCUUAUAACGGAAAGUUCCAGAUUAUUAUUAGCAAGAGAACUGCAAAACGUUCAGAAGUACAGAGUGGAAAGUGUACCGACAAAGGCGCACUUGUCAUGUCCUUGAAGGACGGUGGACUCAUUGAUUCGCAGAAUCGUAUUGGCUCCAUUGCCUCGAACCACCAGUUUCAGUUUGAUGGCCCUGCACAGCCCAAUGCCCUCGCUACCAAGGGCUGGGCGGUUUGCGAUGAUUCUACCCUCGCACUCGGCCCAACGCGAACCUUCUAUGAAUGUCUCUCUGGGGACUUCUACAACCUCUAUGAUAGAAAUUCGGCGAAGCAGUGUGAGCCCGUGACCAUCUACGUCGAGUCGUGCGAGGCCCCAGACAACGCGGACCAGCCACGGGUCAGUCAGAUCGCGGACGGCCAGAUCCAGGCCCCAACCAAGGGUGCCAUCGUCACCAAGACUCGCAAUGUCAAGGUUCAUGUGCCCACGGUAGUCCCCCCGCCACGUCCUAUCGGCAGCCAAACAGAGCCUUCACGAGCUCCUCCACCGCCGAGCUCUUCUCCCUCUUCUCCUUCACAGACUCCCGGUCCCAGCACCCCCACACCGACACCUAAGCUACAGGCCACCUCCUCUUCUUCCCCUCAGCAGCCACAGAAGCCAAUUGAGAUUGAGGAAAAUCCUACACCUUCUAGUCCCCCAGCAUCAAGGGGAAAUAAGAUGGGAUCACACUCUUUCGCGACCUUGAUCGUGGGGGUAUUUUGGAUUUUUAUGUACAUUUAA